ACACACACCCGUCAUAACAAAGCUGUACGAACUCCCAAAAAAUAACAAGCAAAACGUCCCCAUCCAUGCAUGCGUUGUGCGCUUGAGUUUUCCACGCUGUCACAACCCCCAAUAUCUCAUUCAAACCCCUAACCCCCCAAACUAAUUCUCUUCGCAUGCAAGCAAUCGUUGAACUCGUUCGUCCACGAACAAGCCGCGUCGUAGUCAUUCACACUACGCGCGCACGUUAGCCCCUUCAGCGGGCGUGCGAUUGCUUGCAUGACAAUGGAGGGGCACGCCGACCACAACUCCGCCGUGUUUCCGCCACCUCCUGGCCGCCACGCCCCAGCCGCAGGCACGUACAUCGUGCAGUUCCCGAAGGACCAAGUGUACCGCGUUCCACCACGCGAGAACGCGUUGAUCGUGGAACAGUACCGCAACCCGGCCACCGCGAAAAAAAGACGCGGCGGUUGUUGUUGCUGUUGCAACCGUCGUGUCUUGAUAACCUUCGCUCUCGUGGUUACCGCAAUCGUUGCCGUGGUUGGCAUCACGUUGGCCACGUUGUACUUUAUUUUCAGCCCCGCGGGUCCCAAGUUUACUGUCUCCCAUGUGGCGGUGAAUAGGAACAACAAGAACUCGCAGGGGGCGGCGGCGCAGUAUGAGGUUUCGUUGAGAGCGAGGAAUCCGAACGAGAAGUUGGCGAUUCAGUACCAGGAAGGGGACGUGUCGCUGUUGUUGUUCGAUGAGAGUAAGGUUGCCGAGGGGAAGUUUCCAACGUUGGAGCAAGGGGGAGGUGAGGCGAGUGAGGUUAAGCUUGAGCUGACCGGAUCCAGUGGAGCGUUUCCCAGGGGAAUGCAUGGUGGGGACGCAGCCGUGGAUUUGAAAUUGGAGAUCAAACUUGCGAUAAGGAUUAGGACCGCGGGUCUCGAAACGUGGGGUAUGAGCUCCAAUGUGGCGUGUCAGUUUAAGGUCAGUGGUCUCGGUAACGACACGAGAAUCUUGUCACAACAAUGUGAUACCAAAUUCAAGCAAUAUUGAUUAAUUGAAGAAUAUUGGUUAAUUAACAUUUAGGAUCAUGGGAUGGGAUUGGGAUAUGUGUCUUAUUGUUGUAGCAUGGCAAACACUGCACUUAAACCAUGAUGUCAUCCUUCUCUGUCUUCUUUUCAGCUUAAUUUGUUA